AUGCUUCCUGAAACAGCAAAAUCUGAUGGAGCCAAGGGCCAAAAUCCAUUUGAUCGUGAAGUCCGACACAUGGUCAACACAAUUACAUCUCGAGUUGGGGAUUUUCACAAGCCUGGGGACGACGAAGCCGGCAUAAGAAUGGUCACCCUAGCUGGAACAAACAUGGGAGCAACAAUGCGGACCGAGUUGGAUGAUCAGAUUGGCACUGACAACCAACAACGGGCAGCUUCGGAAUCAGAACCGUUGGCUACCUACGUCAAUAGCAACUUCCAAGCAGUGAACAACUCUAUGAUGCUUGGUAGCAGCUACAGCACCCAUGACCCUGGUGUUCAUUUGGACAUCUCUCAUCUUCACCAUGCCCAUCAACCUGCAGAUAAGCAUGGAAAGGCCAACACCAAGAAAAAACAAAAGGAUGCCAACACCAAGAAAACACAAAAGGAUGCUUUCCCGCAAACUCAACACUCCGAAUAAGAGCCAUCAAUCGGUCUUUUACUUACUAUUACCUUAAUUUAGUACUCCAUGUUGUCAUAUCAACAUGACUGUUUUAUCAUGUUGAUUGUUUACCACCAAAACUAUAUUUGGUGAUUAUAUUGUAUUGUAUGAAUUUGAUCGUUCUUGAUAUGUAUGUUUGAUUUCUUGGCAA